GCCAACAUGCUGGCCUCAGGGCUCCUUCUGGUGGCUUUGCUCACCUGCCUCACAGUGAUGGUCUUGAUGUCUGCCUGGAGGCAGAGGAAGCCCUGGGGGAAGCUCCCUCCGGGACCCACCCCGCUGCCCCUCAUCGGGAACUACCUGCAGCUGAACACACAGCAGAUGUACAACUCUCUCAUGAAGAUCAGCGAGCGCUAUGGCCCCGUGUUCACGGUCCACCUGGGAACGCGACGCAUCGUGGUGCUGUGUGGACAUGAGGCCGUGAAGGAGGCGCUGGUGGACCAGGCUGAGGAAUUCAGCGGGCGAGGCGAGCAGGCCACCUUCGACUGGCUCUUCCAAGGCUACG